CCAACUUCUUCAAAUCAAGGCAUUUCUUGCCAUUAGCUCUCUCUUAACAGACAAAAGCAAAUCAGCAAACACACUCCCACACAGUCUCACAGAGAGAGAGAGAUGGAGCAUUACGAGCAACAGGGUUUCUUGGAGGAGCUCUUGGUGGCUCAAAGAAUGAGCCACAACCACCCAUUUGAGACCAUCCCCACGGAGAUGAACGAGCUCUUCUCCAAUGCCUGGGCUUUUGACCAUCACCGCUUUGACGAAAACUCAUCUUUUUUCUCUCCCUCUCAAGCCUUCUCUGCCUCUCCAAGCCUUGACCAAGAUGACCUCAACAGCUUGUGUUUCCCAUUUGGCAACGAGUAUGCUUUCCUGCAACAACCCCACAUGAUUAGUGACUCAUCCUAUAGCCCGGUCACAGGUCCACAGUUCACCGACUCAUCUUACAGCCCGCACGAGAUCGAUGCUGGUGUUCAAGAAGAUCAGUUCCCACUUUAUCCUUUGAUGGAGGAAGACGAACCAGGUCCUGUCCGGCUUCUGACAGUGGCAGAUGAUUUUCAGAGCCUAUAUUUACAACAAGCCACUUGCAAGGUUGAGCCUGUACAUCAGGAAUCUCCUGAAGCGGCAGCUCCUCCUGUAGUGUUCAACAUGGGCGGUUCCUGUCUGGAAGGGAAGAGCAGGGCCAAGAAGCAGGAGGGCCAACCUUCCAAAAAUCUGAUGGCCGAGAGGAGGAGGAGGAAGCGGUUGAACGAUCGCCUCUCAAUGCUCCGAUCCAUCGUUCCCAAGAUAAGCAAGAUGGACAGGACAUCGAUUCUUGGAGAUACUAUAGACUACGUUAAAGAACUUCUUGGCAAGAUCAACAGUUUGCAACAAGAUAGCGAACUGGAUUUGAAGCAGUUGAAUGUGUUGGAGCCUCUCAAGGAGAUGAAGCCAAAUGAAAUGUCGGUCAGAAACUCACCACAGUUCCAAGUGGAGAGAAGAAAUGAGGACACAAGGAUUGAUAUUUGCUGUGCGGGGAAGCCAGGAUUGUUGCUAUCAACCAUAUCCACCAUGGAAGCAUUAGGGCUUGAGAUCGAGCAGUGCAUUAUUAGCUGUUUCAAUGACUUUGCAAUCCAAGCUUCCUGUUCAGAGGGAUUGGAGCAGAGAAUUCUGGUCAGCCCUGAAGAUAUGAAGCAAGCUUUGUUCAGGAAUGCAGGAUAUGGAGGGAGGUGUUUGUGAUGGCGGAGGAUGCUCCUGCUUUUAGUACUUGAAAAUGAGUUUUGGGAAUGUGAGGCUCUAGUGAGACUGAGGCUAGAACUUUUUUUUUAUUGACUAACAGAGCAGUGUAAUGUCUGUUUCACGUGGAGAUGGUGAUACAGAAGAUUUUUAACUUCUGAUUUCCUGUUAAUGGGCAUGGUCAUGAAGAUGGUAAUUUUCAUAAUUGAAGUGCUAUAAUGACAAAACAGCUGUUUGCAUUUA